GUAGUGUUUUUCCCCGGCCUCCUUCCUCGUACUCUCCGCAUGUUUCUCCAAGCUUCCUCCUUUUCUCUUCCUCCGCUGGCCUCUCGCUCCUCCCCCUCCCUCUCCCUCCCCCUUGCUAGUUAGUAGGUCGCAACCCUAGCGCACGAGGCGCUCGCCGGGGCAUGGAGGCGUCUGUAGCCUAGCUUCUCUGCCCGCUGCUCCAUCAUGGGUGUCAUGGUUCUUGGUGUCCCCCUCUUCGGUGCUGCAGGACGCACUCGUGACCCGCUGCGCUCUUGCUCCCUCCUCACGGGAUUCCAGGUUUUCAUCUGUUUUCUUCACCGACUGCUCCCUCUUCCCCUGUGUAAGGGUUAUAAUUCGUUCGUUCUAUUCCCUUCCUCUCGGCUUGUUGAUUACCAGCGCCAUGGCCGCCUCCCUCCCCCGCACAUAUUUGCCAGCUGCCAUUCACACACGCACAUAGAGAGGAGAGGGAGCCCCCACGCGCCGCGCAUCUGCUUCCUCCCCGCCGCUGCUGCCCUUUGCCGUCCGCGCCAGAUUAGCUCUGGUGCUGCCAUCUCCGUCCCCUGCCUCACUCCACCUCUUCCCGACGCGACCACGGCCACGGGAUCUCGCGGCCGGAUGACGAAAGAGGCCGGGGAUGGAGGCAGGUUGCGACACGUCCGCCGACCGCCGCGAAGCCUCCUGCAGCACACUCGCCCACGAGCCCACCCGGAGCUGUCGCCGCCGUGCUUGAGGAAGCGUCUGGAUAAGAUAGAAGAAAGGAUCGCGGGCUGAAUUCUUACAAACAUAGGGCUACUUUUGUAAAAAUGAAUAGUUAUCUCAGAUUCACUUAAACAGGGACUGCGGGUUGAUUUGUGAGAAACAGGGGGUUUUUUUCGCAACGACGUAUGACCAGAAACCCAAUUUCCUUUAUUAUUAGGUAAAGAUAAAGAUAAAGAUUUCGGAUGUCAUCCAUGUUAGAUUCGGCCUGUGUAUCAUGUGGGCUGCUGGGUUGUAUUUUUCCUUGUGGGGCUUAAGUUCCGUGUUGUGUUGAGAAACGUGUGGUGGGCGUCAGCCAGACGGGCAGGUCCACGCGAAAGCAACUCCUUUUUGGGGGAGCUUCUGCGCCGGUUAGGAGCUGUGGCGCCUACUACGUUUCUUUGUGGGCUGAUUCUACGAAGGCCAGUUAGAGUUCG